GACGCCGAUGUUCAGAUCCUUUAGCCGUAGGAACGCACGUAAUUCAGGACUUUGAAGGUGCUAUCGGGACUUCUAGCCACCAGUUGCCAUUCAUUGAACAUACUGACACACGCAGGGUCAAGAGAAGCGUGCCAUAUAUGUCAGCGAUUUUAGGUGCUAGCUAUAUGCGUGCAUGUAGAUUAUGUCUAAGGACAACGGACUACCGGAUCGUGGCAACAUAUUGUGUUUGCACGGACCAUUUUACGACAGCAGUAAAGGGCUUGUAUUUUAGGAUAACGGUGUAGACGGGCGAUGAGCCGCGGCCGUAACGGGACCGCCUCAGUUCACUUUCGACUGCCAGGACCCGAGCGGUAAACACCCGUCACGUGAUGCGAGGCGGUGCUGCUGAAACCGAAUGGCCGCAGUCGCUGCGAAUGGUGGCGCACGGAAACGGAAUUGUUCUGGGACAAUGUGAAACCAGGGCAAAUCCAUGUGCGUACAAGUAGUGUGGUGACUUCGGCACGAGACGAGAAAGAGCUGACCUACGGAGGCGGGCUUCAUGGACAAAGUCAGCGCCUCCAGCCGCUUGGUUCCCAGCGGCCAGUUGGACGGAGCGCCGCCGCCGGGGCGGGGUUCGGAGAGGGGGCCCGGCGAUGAGCCGGGGGCGGGUCGCGGGGACCCGGAAGACUCGCUGAGGAACAUGCUCGGCGACAAAGAUCCCAUGUUCGGGUCGGCCAGCGCCCAGUACCGCCCCGCGGGCGAUGGCGACGCCGGCCGCCGCGCCGCCGGGUCCGCAGGUGCGGAGGUCACGCGGGAGCCCCAUCCGGCCAAUCGGAGAGGCCGGGGAGCGAGCAGGGGGCGGGGCUCGGGCAGGGGGCGGGGCCGGGGGCGGGGAAGAGGGCGAGGACGAGGACGAGGACGAGGAGGAGGGCGAGGAGGAGGCCGGGGCAGGGGGAGAGACGCGUCUCCGUGCCCAACCGGGCAAGAGUGGGUGAAGGGAGCACACCAGUCGCCAGAGGCGAGGCAGCCUGAGAUACCGAGCAAUAACACCGCCGGCAUCUGCGGCAACCGCGGCAACCGCGGCAGCCGUGGCAGCCGUGGCAACCGCGGGAGGCGAGGGGCAAACAGAGCAGCGGCGCAGAAGGUGGGGAGGGGCCGAAGGGGGCGCGCGGACGUCACUCAGGGGCGGGGCCAGGCGCUGCCGCGGAGCGCGCUCGGCAGCAAGCGUCUGCCGUCGCACAUGAACCCCGUGGUGGUGCUGCGGCGGCUCACCGUCACCGUGGGCGGCUACAAGAUCGAGCUGCUCCCCGGGCCGUCCCGCGCGGCCGAGGAGGGGGCCGACGGGGCCGAGGCCGAGCCCCCCUCCCUCCCGGAGGGCCCGGCGGGCGGGGCUGAGGCCGGGGGCGGGGGCGCGCCGGAGAUCCCCGCCGAGCCCGCCUCCUUCCCGGAGGGCCCGGCGGGCGGGGCUGGGGCCGGGGGCGGGGGCGCGCCGGAGAUCCCCGCCGAGCCGACCGCGACGCCGCGGCCCCCGGACCCCGCGCCGGAGGACCCCGCGCCGGAGGACCCGCCCGCGCCGCUGGGACCGCCCGUCAAACCCGACGAGGUCCAGCAGGGCAACGGCCCGCUGCCGGGCAACGACCCACUGCCUGGCAACGACCCGCUGCCUGGCAACGGCGUGGAGACGGGGGAGGUCCCCGCGGAGAGCGAGGCCAACGGGGAGACGGGCGAGGGGAGGGCCGACCCGGGCGGGGACACGGGGCCCGACUCCGGGGGGCCCAACGUCAGCCGGGACCCGGAGCCCGGCGCGGCCAAAGAGGAGCGGAAGCCUCCGGCAAAACGGCGGCUCAAAUCGGGGCCCGCGGCCUUCCCCGGCGCGCAGAAGCGGCCGGCACCGGGCCCUCCGGCCGGGGCGGGGGUCGGACCUGGGCCCAAACCCCUGAGGGCCGGGAGCACGGGCAGAGACUCCGCCCAGACCCCGCGCCCGUCCGAAGGGAAGCGAGACUUGAAGAGGCGAGGGGAGCGCCUGAAGACCCACCCGCCCGCCAAAACGCACAAGCCCCACGAGAGGGGGCUCGGGGGAGGGGGAGGAGGGGCCGCCCCCGCCGGGACUCCCAAAAUGGCGGCGCCAAGGGACGCGGUCGCCAAAAGGCCCCUGCUGCCCGCCGCCGGUCCGGACGGGCCCCGCAGCCCGCCCCCCAGAGCGCAGACCAUCGUCCCCAAACCCUCCCCCUCCCCUGCCCCCGGCCCUGGGCCCCGUCCACCCCACCCUGUCCUCCAGGCUUCGAAACUGGGGCCCCAUCACAAGGAGGUGGCCUUAGAGCCGGUGCUGGAGAAGCACCGGGUGGAGAAGCCAGCCCACAGGAAGGGGGAGAGGGGGGAAGAGAAGUUGGAGAGGGGAGAGAAAGGAGAGAGGGGAGAGAAAGCAGAGAAGGGGGAGAGGGGGGCCCUGAGGAGCAGGAGCCGGAGCUCCAGGAGCCUGUCCCUGGACGAACCGCAGCUCUUCGUCCCUGACAACGCUCCUCCCUCGGCUAAGAAAGAACUGCAUGAGGAGGAGGGAGGGGAGGGCGAGGUGUCCUGGGACCCCAGCAAACACUGCGGCUUCUGCAAGAAACCACACACCAACAGGCUGAUGGUGGGAUGCGGUCGCUGCGACGACUGGUUCCACGGCGACUGCGUGGGGCUGGACCUGGCCAAGGCGCAGCAGAUGGAGCAGGAGGACCAGGAGUACGUGUGCCUCAAGUGCUGCGCCGAGGAGGACAGGAAGUGCACGCCCCCGGCGGAGGGGCCCCCCAGGACCGACGCCGCCCCCAGGGCGGGGCACGCGGCCGACGGCAAGCCCGCCGCCGGACAGGACAGGAAGGAGCCGCCGGCCACAGCGACCGCGGGAAUGCGCGUCAUCAAAAAGGACUGCUUGGAGAGGAAGCUGUCGAUGGAGGUCAGGGACGCGGAGGGCAAGGCGGCGUCCGCUUCGGACCAGAGGGGUAGCCAGGCGGCGAAGGCCUCGCUGGCACCGGGGGACUCCGUGCCGAAAACCGGAGUGCAUGAGAAGCAGGAGGUGAAGAAGUUGAAGUCCUCGCCCACUGCCUCCAAGAAGCCGUCCGUUGAGCAAAUCCGGAGGAACGUGCGCGACUCUCUGAAGGAUAUCCUGUUGCAGAGGCUGAAGGAGUCCAAUCUGAAGGUGUCUUUGGAGAGAGCGGGCAGCGUGGCCACGAAAACGGAGAAAGAGCUCUUUGCCUUCUUCCGGGACACCGACAGCAAGUACAAGAGCAAGUACCGAAGCCUGAUGUUCAACCUCAAAGACGCAAAAAACAACGUGCUGUUUAAGCGCGUUCUGAAAGGGGAGAUUUCUCCGGAACAUCUGAUCCGGAUGAGUCCGGAGGAGCUGGCGUCGAAAGAGCUGGCCGCCUGGAGGCAGAGGGAGAAUCGACACACGAUUGAAAUGAUUGAGAAAGAGCAGAGGGAGGUGGAGAGGCGCCCCAUCACCAAAAUCACCCACAAAGGAGAGAUCGAGAUCGAGAGCCAGGAGCCCGCCAAGCAGCCGGAAACCACGGCGACGGUCGACGCUGUUCCCAGGUCAGUGGAAGAGCCCAAGGAAGUCCCUGUGGAGUCUGACUCAGAGGGCACCAAGGACACCACUGGCCAGCACAAAGCUCACCUGUUCGACCUGAACUGCAAGAUCUGCACAGGCCGGAUGGCUCCUCCCGCGGACGACGCCGCCACCAAGGUGGUGAAGGUGGCCACCACGGUGGUGCGCCGACAGUCUGGCGCCGACGCCGAGCUCCGCCCCGAGGCCCCGCCCACCCAGCUGGAGGAGCUGUCCCUCACCACUCUGGAGGAGUGCCUGUCCAACCCCAGCGUGCUGUCCCUGUUGGAUGGAACGCCGGACAGCGCCCGGGGCCGGCAGGACGAGGCCGCCUUCCUGGCCCGUCUGGACUCCCUGUGGAAGGGCUUCGUCAACAUGCCCUCCGUGGCCAAGUUCGUCACCAAGGCGUACCCGGUGUCCGGGGUCCUGGACCAGCUCACCGAGGACCUGCCCGACAGCAUCCAGGUCGGGGGCAGGAUCUCUCCACAGACGGUGUGGGAUUACGUGGAGAAGAUCCGAGCCUCGGGAACCAAGGAGGUGUGUUUGAUCCGGUUCUCCCCGGCGACGGAGGAGGACGAGAUCGCCUACACGCUGCUGUACGCCUACUUCAGCAGCCGCCGGCGCUACGGCGUCGUGGCCAACAACACCAAGCAGGUGAAGGACACCUAUCUCAUCCCCCUGGGCGCGGCCGAGAAGAUCCCGCACCAGCUGGUCCCCUUCGACGGCCCAGGCUUGGAGGCCAACCGUGCCAACCUGCUUUUGGGGCUGGUCAUUCGACAGAGGGUCCGAAGGGACUACGGCGCCAUUCUGCCCAUGGGCGUCGCGGAGCCUCCCCUCCCGAAGCUGGCCCCCGAGAGCAGGGCCAAGGGGGAGCCCGCCCUCGCCGACGGCGAGCGCAGGGAGGGCGACGGGUUCGACCCCGUGCGCGAGGAGCGCCAGGCGGAAACCGCCAAGCAGCCCCAGCCGGCUCAGGCGGAGCCGGGGCAGGGGCCCGGGGGCGAGGGGGACGCGCUGGCCACGGAGGGCGUCCUGCAGGAGCCGGUGAAGCCGCUGCGCUUCCUCCCCGGGGUGCUGCUCGGGGGCGAGGGCCCGUCGGCUCCCCCUCAGGAUGCGGCGGCCAAACCUCCGUCCGCAGCGAGCGAGGCCCCGCCGGGCGAGGCGGAGAAGGACGCGGACAAGCGCGUGACGGACGCCGCCACCGCUCCUGACGGCGCGGGCCAGGAGCCCGCCCCUAACAAGAGCCCCGCCCCCAUCAAGAGCCCCACCCCCAAGAGCCCCGCCUCUAACGGCCCCAGGCUGGACCGCUUCGUCAUAAAGAAGAAGGAGCCGAAACCGGCGAAGAGCGAGCCGCCGCCGUCCGCUACAGACGAGAAGCAGGACUCCUGCAUGCCCCCGGGGAAGGAGGCCGGGACCGCCCCCAAUCCCACCCCCAAUCGCGCCCCCAUCCCUGCCCUUAUCCCCGCCCCCAUCCCUGCCCUUAUCCCCGCCCCCAAUCCCGCCCCCAUCCCCGCCCUCAUCCCCGCCCCCAAUCCUGCCCUCAUCCCCGCCUUUAUCCCUCCGCCCGACGUUUCCACGGAGGCCUUCCUGGCCCACCUCUCCCAGCCCCCGGCCCCCAAAGAGCCGCCCGGCGCCCUCGCCGUCCCGCCGGGGUCAGCGGCCGCAGAAGCCAAAGCCAGCCCCGCGGCGCCCGUCCACGCAGCUACGCCGGCUGUACGGGCCGGCACCCCCCCUAAAGACGCCGCGCCCGCCCCCGCCCCCGGCCCUGGCCCGGUCGCCGUCACCAGUCCCACCAAGGACCCCAGACAGCCGACGGUCCCCCUAAACGACUCGCCGUCCCCCGGGCAGGAAAAACAGGGCGGUCCCGUCGCUGGGGGUCCAGGGCAGGAUGCGGACAAGGGAGCGGAGAAGGAUCUUUCGAGCGAGCGGGAGUGCUUGCCCGCUCCGGACCGGGACCAGCACAGCUCCGCCCCGCCGGCGCCCGCCCCGCCCGCCCCGCCCCGGCGGGAGUACCGGCCCGUGGAGCACAUCCAGAGCAUCAGCACGGUGUCGUCCUGCGGGACCUCCGAACGCCGCGGCUCGCCCCUGCUCGCCCUCCCGCCCGCCGCGUUCUCCCCCGGGGGCCUGGGACCGCCGGCGACCGGCUUCCCCUCGCCCCACCCGGGCUCGCCCCCGUUCAAGUACCGCCCGCCGCCCUCGCCCGUUUACCCCCCCCAGAGCGGGGCCCCGCCUCCUUUCAAGCCCCUGCGCCAGCCCGCGCCGCCCGUCUUGGGGUACCCCGGCAGCCCCCCCCUCCUGUUCCCCCAGCCGGAGCCCCACCUUCAGAACCACGCCAUGACUUGGCCCCGCCCCGCCCCCUCGCCGGCAAGCUUCCCCCCGGCUCCAGGGCCGCCCCCCCUCGCCAGCUUCUCGCCUCCCGCGGUUCCGGUGUCGGUGGCGGCGGCGACGUUCGAGGCCUCCCGCUUCCUCGAGUCCUCCAAACCGCCGCCCCAGACCCCGUCCCCGACCACGACCCUGGCCCCGCCCCUGACCACACCCCUGGUCCCGCCCCCGACCACGCCCCUGGUCCGGCCCCCGACCACGCCCCUGGCCCCGCCCCCGACCACGCCCUCGGCCCCGCCCCCGGCCAAAGACGAGAGGGGGUCAGACCGGCGGCACAUAGACCCCUGGGAUAGGCAGCCCCGCCGCACCGAGGACGACCACAAGAGGGAGAGCAGCGGCGACCGCCACGGACACAGGCGCCACAGCGAGUCGCACCGCGACCGGAAGAGCCGGCACCGCGACAAGGACCGGGACCGCGACCGAGACCGCGACCGCGACGGGGACCGCAGGAAGCACCGGCGGCGGAGCCGCAGUAGAAGCCGGAGUCGAACCCGCAGCCGGAGCAGGAGCAGGAGCAGGAGCAGGACCCGAAGUGGAACCCGCAGCCGGAGUCGAACCCGGAGCCGGGACAGGAGCCGGGAGAAGAGCGGGCGCCGGCGCAGCCGCGACAGCCGGAGCCGUCACCACGGCGAUCGCCACUCGCGGAAGGACGGUCGCCACGGCGACGAGUACAGCAGCCGCCACAGGGACAGGCACAGGCACAGGAGGGACUCGGACCACGACAGAGGGAGGAACCGGUCCAAAGAGCGCUCGAAAGACAGGCGCUCCUGA